CGGAUUUGAGGGUGAAGGUCGCUGAGCURUCGAAAGGUAUUGCGACUAUGAAGGAACACUUUGACGAGGUACGUGCCAGAAAAGAGGAGAAGGCACGGAAGAAGCGGGGGAAAGAGCAGCAGUURGAGGAAGCGAUACGCAGAGAGGAAGAGGAAGAGAGAUUAAGAGUCGAGGAGGCAGCAAAGCAAGAAGCGAAAAGGAAAAGGAGGGAGGAGAAGGCCAGAAAGGAGGYGGUCGCUCGAGCARAAAUGAAGAAGGAGGUUACGCUGCAUGUAGCGAAGAUGAUUUGUGAAAUUAAAGACRAUUUUCUACAUGAGUGGAGAACUGCGAUGUUCCCAGGGACCAUCGGUGGCUCGAAGGAUGUAAAGGGUAAGAAGGCCGUGGAAGUUGUUAGUGAUGAUGAGGAAGCGUCGRAUUAUAACUCYGAAGGAAGCGAGACAAGCAUUACUCAGGAGUUGAGUGUGAAGACGGGGAAAUUAUGCCUAGCAAAAAAGAGGAAACGGGAGGAAGACGUGGUGAUGGAGGGAAGUCCCCCGAUGGAGUUACCAKCUAAACRGACCCCGCGAAGACCUGCCCUCAAGUCAGGUAGUCGGUGUAUACGAGUAACRCRCUCGAGGARUAAAGCGAAGGGCGUGCGUGYUGUGAUCCCUGCGAAGACGCGCACUCCGGUGAUGACCCCGUUAUCAAAGUUGAGUAAGUCAAAGAAGACUCCACCGUCUGGGAGACUGACGCCGGCCAAUAAAGCUCUGGCGCGACUGAGGUUCCGUGAUGCCGUGAUCAARGAAAUCAAGGAYUGUAUGCUGAUGAGUUACAACGGAUGUGCCGGGAGGAGGGCAUACAUUAUGAUGGUAAGUUGGACACCAUUUUUUGCUUAGAUGAGCAUCGGGCACAACGUCACUUCGGACACGA